GCGGGAACCUGCCGUGCCGAUAAGGAGCACCCUUCCCUCUCCUGCCCGGUGUCCCACCAGGCCAGCCGCUGGUCGGGAGGUUACCCUCGCAGCCCACCCCGCCCUCGAUUAUCCAGGCAGGCGGGAACGCCUGGAGGCGCCCGCGCUUUUGCCGCUGUUCCCGCGCAGCGCCGUGAGGUGAUCCCGGCAGAGGCGGCUCCAGGAACCUCCCUGCCUCGGCUGCUUCCUCACAGCUCCUCAAAACCCCCGGCCGUCGCAGGAGCCCCUCGCCGUGCCUUGGGAGAGCUCUCCCGCGGGCCUUGGAGAGAGGCUUCCCUGUGACAGCGCCUUGCCUCGCUGCCGGCUGGGCUGAGGGCUCAGGGAGCAGCGCCUUCUUCUCCUCUCGGUCAGGCUCUGUCCCCCGCCCAGCACCCUGUUUCCCCUCAGUUUUCUCUGAGGUAAAACAUGUUUCUUUAGCUCUGGUCUCGGAUGUGUUUGAUGGCUUUGUAUGUCGGUCCAAUACGGGUCCCCCCAUCUCCAUGUCACGUCCACACACAACUUGGGUGCCUCAACAGCAGCAGUCUCGUGGAUACGCUCCAAAGUGAUUACAGGCUGGGUUGGGUUUGGUUUGGGCUUUUUUGUGGCAUAGAAUUUACCCAGCAUGACCUGUCGCCUUUCCUCAUAGCUGGUGCUUACAGAUGUUCUGUACUCUGUGUGUGUGUGUGCAGGACAGCUUCACUGUACCCCACUGUACCCCACCACCACCUUCAGGUCCUGCCUCUACUUCUUUACCGUCAGCCUGACAGUAAGAGUAGCCAUUGUCUCUCAGAUUGGUAGUAUUCUCAGCUUUAAUAAGGAGGCUCUUCAUCUUCCAGGUUGAUACUGAAAAUUGCAAAUAUCACUGCCCAGCUCUGUGAUUUACCUGCCUUUUCUGACAGAAAAACAGCAAUAGUCAUUCUCUGACUUAAGUUCUGUUCGGCUUAGUAGGAACUCAGUGAUGGUUUCAAGUUCAUGUGUUGUGAUUAUUGGCGUCUAAAGGUGUAAUUUCUACCACAGACAUAAAGUUCUCUUACUUGUACAGAAGGCAAUUGGGUUUAUUUUCUGUGAUUUAUAACUGGUAGUUGUUUCUUAACUGGUAGUUCUGUGUUAACUGGUACUCCUCUCUUUAUCCUCUCCCCUGAUGGGAGAAGCCUUUUGCAAGCACUCUGUCCCAUCAGCUUUUAAGACGUCUGGGAAGAUUUAACUUACGCAUUACACAGCGAGUGAUUCCCACAGGGGAGUUGGCCUCAAACAACAAGCAGGGCACUGUAGCAUUGCAGCAUGUGUUUUAUAACAUUGCUGCCACAAAAAUCCCCAAUAAACAUUAUGAAAGCAGAGGACUUGGGCUUUCUUCUCUGGGUUUGCAAAAAGACAAGAUUUUUUUCUCAUUUUUUUAAAAUGGUCCUUUCCCUUGAGCUGUAGCUUUCGGAAUUCCCUGAUGAAGUGAUAGUCUUGGCUGGCAUCUUAAAAAAAUCUUCUUUUCAUGCUUUUUGUAAAAACUUGAAAUGUGUUUUCCUAUAAGGGUAAGAAGCAAGGAAACAUGCUAUUUUCUUUUAAAUUACAGUUAUAAAACAUUAAUCUUGUGAUUUUUCCAGGAUAUGACUAAGGUUAAUUUGUUCAAUGUGUUACAGUGUAAGCAGAACAGUGGAAUUAUCUUUGACAUUGGUCCUCAAAAUAUAUUUCCAGUUCAUAAUUUUUUAUCAUGCUUUUCAAAAUAGCUUUUCAAGGGAAUAUCUGGUGAUUUCAUAAAAUUUAGAAUCAAAAUAUUUAUUACUGUCUUCACUGCAAUGGUGAGACUAUUUUCCGAAAGUGUUUAAGGGUUUGGAGAGGGAAGAACUAUUAAAACAUCUUUUUCUGGUGUGCAGUGUUUGUUCCUGGCUUUUCAUGUCAAGCAGACUUUCUACCUGUUUGUCUUUCGUUGAAACACUUUGAUUGAGAAAGGUGCUAUUGUUAAAAGGUGUCUUUUUAUUCAAAUACUGAAAUAUUAGAUUUUUUUUUUAUCAUAAAUAUUACAUUACACUGAGCUCAGCCUGUGCUGCAAUACACAGAAGCACACAACAGGUGUCCAGCAAGACAGGUAAGAGCUAUAACUUCAUAUUAUUUCUACUGACAUGAAAUUUGUUUGUACUGUAUCAAAGGAUCACAUUCUCUGUCUGAACUUCUGGUUUCUUUUGGUGCUUUUUAAGAGGUUCCAAAAAUGACAGAGGUGCAUACAUGUAUAUGCAUGUACUCUGUAUACUUUUGUCCUUGCCUCUAGUCUGAAUAUUUUGGCUUUUGUAAAUAAUGGUUUUUUUCAAGUACGAUGCACUACAUAUAACAAAAGGAUAUUGAGCUGUUUUAGUUGACUAAAUUUUUGUAUUUCCUACCUACUCUUAAUCAGAAGAUAAUUGAUUAUUCAUUUACUUAAUGCCAUAUACUUAUAAAGUUCUGUAAACAAAUAUUCGCCUUAUAAAAAUGAAUUAAUUUUUCAUUUUAAGACCCAGGCGCUGCCUUGGGGCAAUCAACUAUACACCAUGAAUAAAACCAGGCACCAGUCUCUCUUCUUUGUCAGUCUGCCAGAGCUGCAAAAACUCUGUGCUGCUACAGUAACACUGAGUUCUCAGAUACCAGAAGCUGAGACAAGGAAUACACAGAUAAAAACCUGCAGACAGUUAUUAUUCCUGUAUCAAGAGAUCCUUUCUGCACCUGUUACUGGAACACUGAAUCAAAUUUCAGUUGUAAUGGCGAUACCAUUUUACAACUCGGGAAUAUGUCAAGCCUAUGUAGAGAGACAAGGAGCUACUCUGGAAGGACCACAAACAGUUACUCCAGCCAUCCUUCAAACCUGUCUCUCCUAUACACUUACAGCCAGACUUGCACCCAAAUGGAACAAGGCUGGCCAUCUCUUGGUGCAAGGAAAAGACUUUCUGUCUCAUUCAGGAAGGCAAAAUGCUGUUGUUGUAGACCUCAAUGUGUCAGAGAGACAGCUCUGCAUCAGUGUGGAGGCUUGCUCUAUUCGUUUGCCACCCCCUGAGCUGGGAGAUUUCAAUAUUUCAGAAAACACUGUAAAGCUGUUUGACAGCAAUGAAAAUACAGUUAUUCACCAACAUUCCAUAUUAAGUAACUGGUGCUAUGUUUUGCCAAGCAUGAAAAUGGGUCAGAUCAUAAACAUCAGCCAUAUAAUUCCUCCAGAAUCUCCUUUCCAUUCAUAUAAAGAAUUUCAGGUGCACUGGAAGAGUUUGUAUGGUUAUAUUCUUCCUGAGGAUCUUGAAGAGACAAAAAUAUACUUGAGUGUUUACUUCAAACCAAUAGGGGAAAGGUUCUUCACGUAUCCUUUAAGUUGCGUUCGUAGUCAGCCAGUGCAGUAUUUCCCUAGAACAGAUGCAGAAAGUGUAGUGAACUCUUUUGUUUCUGACAUGAAGAGCAAUCUUUCACAACUAUGUGGAUUCCCAGUGAAGAUGACAAGUAAAGCACUUUAUGGUACACAAGAACUCUCCAAGGCUCUGGAAAUAAAAUCUAAGCAUAUGAAAUUGGAUGGUGAGAUGGUUUGUGUAGUAUCUCUAACGCAGGCUCCUCCAAGGAAUCCGACUUUGCCUAGACUUCCUUCACCGUGCAGUGCGGAAAACAGCCACUGGAUGGAGCGUUUGCUCAAAGAGCCGGGAACACGCAGUUUUUCGAGUAGCAGCGAGGGCGCAGGAGAGGUUAGCACUGAAGCAGCAGAGAAAUCAAUGAAUAAUAAGCAAAUACCAGGAGUACCGGAGUUACCAGUUGCGAAAUCUUUAGGAAUACCCGUAAACUCAGCCUUUGAACUCCCUCCCCCAAAAGUCAGCAAAAUUAUACCAAUUUUCAAAGGAAAGUUGAUGCAAAUGAAUGGGAAGGCCACAAAUCAAAUGGAUAGGAAGAAAAGGGAAAAUGCUGAAAGACCAAUAAAAGUUAUGGGUGUUUCAUCUUCUGUGCUGACUGUGCACAAGUCCAGCAUAACUCAGGUUUUCAAACAAGAUCAAAAUUUGCCUGUCAAAAAUCCUACUGACAGCAGCAUAUUUCAGGUAAUGAAAACAAAAACACACAGAAAACAUGGUACACCCAUAUUUCGAUGGAAAACAGAGUCUGGUGGACAAAUUACUAACUCUGAUUUUUCUGAAAACUCAACUUCAGGUGGGAAUUCAAGUGAAGUCAACCACAAAAAGACAAAUUCUUCUUUCUUUCUUAAGAAUGUUGGACCAGUGCUUCAGAAAUCCAACACCAGUCUGAGUCUGAAUGCAUAUGAAUCUCCUAUUUCCAGUGCAAGAAGGGGAAAAAAGUUUGCAAGUCAAAAUACCGUGCAAGUUCUUCAGGAACAACUCCAGUCAGAGGAAGUGCGCUCGCAGAUUUGUAAAUUAGACAAUGAAAUUACAAAUUCCAGUUUAUCACUGCAACAAACAAAGAGAUCAAAUAAAGGCAUGGGGUUAAAUAUUCAUGAAUCUGUCUUCAAAGGUAUAGUUUGCAUUGCCAGAAGUGAAGAAAAUAAAGCAUCAUGCCAUUCUAAGGACUAUAUCGCUAAGACAACCAGUCAUCAUUCCAAAUCUAAUUUUGAACAGAUGAUUACAGGGAACAAGUAUCUGACAUGUGAAACACUGACCUCAGAACUGACUUCAUCAGUCAAGGAGAACAAUAUGGAAGAAUCUGUAAAGAAAGGUUGUGCCAGAAGAAGACAGAAAGAAGAAGGUUAUUCAAAGUUAAGAAUAGUCAAAAGAAGUAAGCCUUCUACUUAAGACGUUCUGGAGUACAGAAAGAAAACACUGGGUUUCCAAGAGGGCAUACUUGAGGAUCUUCGAGCUUUGCGUAUUUAGCUCUGUUUGUCGUUGGUACCUGUUUCUUCAUGAAAAACUGAGUGUUAAAUACAGUUAAGUGAAUCCUUGUAUCAGCAACUUCUCCAGACAGUUCAGGUUAAUAAGAUUCUAAUGAACUUAAAAAUUUAGCUAAAUUGUUUAGUUUUUGAAUCACAUUAUAUCUGCCCUAGUACCUGCUUACACAGUUAAUCGUUCUUUCAGGUUUUUUUGAUGUUUCAAGUCUGGUUUGUAUAGAUAUAAUAUCUAAUUCUUUCCUAUAAUGUCUGGAUCACUUUGUUUCAUCAGUAAAACAUUCCUAAAUAAGUUUUCCUUGUCAAGUCAAAUGCUUAGAAAAUAAAAAAUAAUUUUAUUCUUAGGGGAAUGAUCUGAAGGCCAGGUUUGAUUAAAGCUUCAUUAAUUCUUAUUGUAAUUUUUGACAAAUUUUCAGAAAUGAAACUGCUCUGUAAAAGACUUGUUUUAAGUUUAAUUGACAAGCUAUUCUUCAGGAGUUUAUGCAGAAUAUGUAGUUGCCCUUUGGUUAAUUUUAUCACCAUAAGUGUAUCUUCAAUGACCUACUCAAAGGUGCAGUUACAAAUAUAAACAUAUAUAUAUAUAUAUGGUUGUUGCCCCAUAAUCACUGUUUUAAAGUGAACCUUAUUACUUUACCUGGAACAUAAGAAUUCAAUGUCACCCUAGCUCCUAAACUCAAGCAUUAUAGAACUGAAGUUUAACACUUGUUUUGGAUAUACAUUUGCAAAUCUUUUUUUCCUAAAGGAAUUGAUGCAAUAGAACUUUAUGUGCUUUAUGAAAAUUUUUAAUGUUUAUAUUGCCACAUCUGUAUUUUUAUUUGCCUCAUUUUUCAAAGCAGGAUUUUGCCCUACUACUAUGACAACUUUUGGUUUGUUUUGUUGUGGAGUUUUUUUGAAUAGUGACUGCUAACAUAGCUUAAAUUUCAUGGUGCAAGUGUUUAAAAAGAAGUAGGCACUUCAACAGUAUGUCAUUUUCUCAUACAUAAUAUAAAAACAUACAAGCCAAGACAAAUAUCACAAAACUUUGAGCAACAUGCAAGAAAUCAAAUUAUAUUUACAUUCUAUCCGGAAAUUGGUACGUAAAGCUAAUUUUCAAAUUCUGUGGAUUAGUUACUCUUUUAUAGAUUUAACCUUAUGUAAUUGAUCCUUUACUUGUCCUACAACGUGGUAAAGCCUGUAGAGCAGUUGCACUUCUACCAUACUAUAUAAAUUAGUGCUUUACCUAGUCUGUUUCCUGUUGUUGCUGUUAAGAUGCUGCUGGUUGCCAACAUUUGCCUUGUAUUAUCACGGAAGUAAUUUUGCCCUAUUCUUACAUUUUCAAAUGUUUACACUGUUUUGUUAUGUUAUAAUACUCAAAAUACAGAAAAUUUAGUUAUUGCAGAUGCAAUGUUUUCCAUUUAAAAUAAACUAUUGAAUUACCCGUGCAUGCUAAA